AUGAGCUUGCUGUAAGUUCUCACAUUUUGCUCGUUUUACAUUCAGUUUUGAGGCUUUUGGUACUAAUAAUUUGCAUGUUAAUAUUGUAGUAGUUGAUUGAUGCUGAUCUUGCUGCGAAACCUCUGAUAUUUGUCGAAUAACAGUUUUGACGUUUGUAUCACAAAUUGGUGGGACCAAAAUACAAGAGAUGUGCAAUCCCCAUCGAUGACAAUCAUAUUACCCGUGUCUACGUCACCAAAAAUUUUUCGAACUUUAAUCUGUGUUUCCUUACUACAACUUUUGAAUCCCAAUUUCCCAUUCUUUGGAACCUCAGCAUUUUUUAUGAUUCGUUCCCUCUUCGCUUUUCGUUGUGGUCUGAGUCCUGGAGUUUGUAGUUUCUGGGCGUGGCGAAGGCCGGGAUUAUAAAACGAAACGUUUCCCCUCCCAAUUCAGUUGUUGUUGAGGGUGUUUGGGACUUUUAUGGCCUUGUAAGCACAACGUUUCAUUGAGAAAUCGGGUAUCUUCUCCUGAGAGGCCAAAAACCAAAAACUCUCCCCAUUUUGCGAAUGUUUUGAUGUUUACUUGUUUUUUCGGCCGUUUCGAAAGGGGUUGUUGGGAAAUUCGCGUGCAAAGCAAAACAGUUGAGCACAUCAACCGCUCGGCUCGCUUAUAUGGGCUGGCGGAGGCAUUUCCCUACUCAAUUUUCAACCUUAUUUUAGGGUACAAAAAAUUUAUUUGAAUGUGAAGGAGUAAAUGGCAGAAAUAAUGUAAGCCGAAGUGCAGCAUGCCGUUUUCGGGUAGUUUGUGGGAUUUACUAACAUUUUGUUUUUACCUAGUACGUUAUUUUCACCUGUCCCGAGAACCUGGUAUAAUAUCUGAUGUUUUGUCAAUUUUAAGAUUUUUUUGUUUCAGAUUGAAGACAAAUCGUUUUCUGGUAAACUCAAUAAGAAGAAUGUCGAACACUAUCUAUGGAUUCAAGGCCAAGGAUUCUGAUGGAGCCGAGGUUUCAUUGGAGAAAUACAAGUAAGUCUUGUGCAAUAUAAGUUUUAUCGAUUUUAGAUUUAUUUUUGUCAGAUUUGUCUAAAACAAGGUGUUAAAUCGUUGCAUAAUCUCAUUAGUAAUCUUUUUUUCAGGGGAAAGGUUGUAAUCAUCGUGAACACUGCCAGCCAAUGUGGUCUAACCAACUCCAAUUACACUCAACUGAAUGAGAUUCUCGACAAGUACAAGAAGGACGGCCUCGAGAUUGCUGCGUUCCCAUGCAACCAGUUUGGUGGCCAAGUAAGUUUAUAUGUGUCUUUUGUGUUUAGGCCGAAUAUAAAACCUUGUAUUAUACGAGGCGUUGGCACGGAAAAGGUCUUCGGUUUCUUAGGGUACAUUUACGAACAAACGUGAGUUGUAUGCGGUUUGGUCCCUCUUCUCACGGCAUGGGCCAAAUACAGGCGAGAAAACUUAGCGUGGGAAAAAUUAGAGGUAGUAAUCUAACCUUCAAAAUGGUUAAUAUAAUCCAACUAGAAAUUAAACAGCGUUUUCAACGGAAAUAAGAUAUCAAAAAGAAAAUGUAGUAGUUUAUUUUCGAGUCUGCAGACGUUUGCUUUUAGGAGCCGGGCUGUGAUGCUGACAUCAAGAGCUUCGUCCACGAAAAGUUCAAGUUUGAUCCCGAUCUCUACUCAAAAAUCGAUGUGAACGGCGACAACGCCCAUCCAUUGUGGAAGUUCUUGAAGGAGAAGCAAGGCGGAACCCUCUUCGAUGCCAUCAAGUGGAAUUUCACCAAGUUUUUGGUGAACAGAAAGGGCGAAGUCAUCAAUCGGUAUGGCCCUCAAACCGAGCCCAAAUCCAUGAUCAAGGACAUCGAAAAAGCUCUCGCCGAGAGCCCAUAA